AUGGGUUCAUUGUUAGAGUUACAGGAGCUACUAAUAGAGAAAGAUGACCGUAUUAAGCAUUUAGAAGCCGUUGUAAAAGUUCGGGAUGAUGAAAUUAUUGAACUCAAGUCCCAACUAGAUAAAUUCCAAAGUGUUAUUCCGUAUGCGACAGGAGCAGCGGCGAGAGUCAACAAAGUCCGGGCUCGGAAGACCAGAGCUCAGGGCAUCUCCGCUGAGCCCCAAGCCUUCAAGACAGCCCAGGAGCUGGUGGCCCUCAGCCAGACAACCUUUCCGGAGGUCCCCAAAAACUCAAGACCAUCACAUUGCCUCACGGACAUUCAUUGCCAAAAUGGCACUCGUUGCCACAAGGCCACUCGUUGCCACAAGGACACUCGUUGCCUCAAGAACACUCGUUGCCACAAGGCCACUCGUUGCCACAAGGCCAUUCGUUGCCACAAGGCCUCUCGUUGCCACAAGGCCAUUCGUUGCCACAAGGCCACUCGUUGCCACAAGGGCACUCGUUGCCACAAGGACACUCGUUGCCACAAGGACACUCGUUGCCACAAGGACACUCGUUGCCACAAGAACACUCGUUGCCUCAAGGACACUCGUUGCCUCAAGGACACUCGUUACCUCAAGGACACUCGUUACCUCAAGGACACUCGUUGCCUCAAGGACACUCGUUGCCUCAAGGACACUCGUUGCCACAAGGACACACUUUGCCACAAGGACACUCGUUGCCACAAGGACACUCGUUGCCACAAGGACACUCGUUGCCACAAGAACACUCGUUGCCACAAGGACACUCUUUGCAACAAGGACACUCGUUGCCACAAGGACACUCGUUGCCACAAGGACACUCGUUGCCACAAGGACACUCGUUGCCACAAGGACACUCGUUGCCUCAAGGACACUCGUUACCUCAAGGACACUCGUUACCUCAAGGACACUCGUUGCCACAAGGACACUCGUUGCCACAAGGACACUCGUUGCCACAAGGACACUCGUUGCCACAAGGGCACUCGUUGCCACAAGGACACUCGUUGCCACAAGGACACUCGUUGCCUCAAGGACACUCGUUGCCUCAAGGACACUCGUUGCCACAAGGACACUCGUUGCCUCAAGGACACUCGUUGCCUCAAGAACACUCGACACUGCAACAAGGACACUCGUUGCCUCAAGGACACUCGUUGCCUCAAGGACACUCGUUGCCACAAGGACACUCGAUGCCACAAUGACACUCGUUGCCUCAAGGACACUCGUUGCCACAAGGACACUCUGCAACAAGGACACUCGUUGCCACAAGGACACUCGUUGCCUCAAGGACACUCUGCAACAAGGACACUCGUUGCCACAAGAACACUCGUUGCCACAAGAACACUCGUUGCCACAAGGACACUCUGCAACAAGGACACUCGUUGCCACAAGAACACUCGUUGCCACAAGAGCACUCGUUGCCACAAGAACACUCGUUGCCUCAAGGACACUCGUUGCCUCAAGGACACUCGUUGCCUCAAGGACACUCGUUGCCUCAAGGACACUCGUUGCCUCAAGGACACUCGUUGCCACAAGGACACUCGUUGCCACAAGAACACUCGUUGCCACAAGAACACUCGUUGCCACAAGAACACUCGUUGCCACAAGAACACUCGUUGCCACAAGAACACUCGUUGCCUCAAGAACACUCGUUGCCUCAAGGACACUCGUUGCCUCAAGGACACUCGUUGCCUCAAGGACACUCGUUGCCUCAAGGACACUCGUUGCCUCAAGGACACUCGUUGCCACAAGGACACUCGUUGCCACAAGAACACUCGUUGCCUCAAGGACACUCGUUGCCACAAGGACACUCGUUGCCACAAGAACACUCGUUGCCACAAGGAAACUCGUUGCCACAAGGACACUCGUUGCCACAAGGACACUCGUUGCCAUAAGGACAAUCGUUGCCACAAGGACACACUUUGCCACAAGGACACUCGUUACCUCAAGGACACUCGUUACCUCAAGGACACUCGUUGCCACAAGGACACUCGUUGCCACAAGGACACUCGUUGCCACAAGGACACUCGUUGCCACAAAGACACUCGUUACCUCAAGGACACUCGUUACCUCAAGGACACUCGUUGCCACAAGGACACUCGUUGCCACAAGGACACUCGUUGCCACAAGGACACUCGUUGCCACAAAGACACUCGUGGCAAGGAGUGUCCUUGUGGCAACAAGGACACUCAGUGCCACAAGGACACAGUGCCACUCAGUGCCACAUGGACACUCAGUGCCACAAGGACACUCAGUGCCACAAGGACACUCAGUGCCACAAGGACACAGUGCCACUCAGUGCCACAAGGGCACUCAGUGCCACAAGGGCACUCAGUGCCACAAGGACACUCAGUGCCACAAGGACACAGUGCCACAGGGACACUCAGUGCCACAAGGACACAGUGCCACAAGGGCACUCAGUGCCACAAGGGCACUCAGUGCCACAAGGACACUCAGUGCCACAAGGACACAGUGCCACAGGGACACUCAGUGCCACAGGAAUACAUCAUUGCCACAAGAAUACAUCAUUGCCACAGGAAUACAUCAUUGCCACAAGAAUACAUCAUUGCCACAAGAAUACAUCAUUGCCACAGGAAUACAUCAUUGUAA